CUGAGCGAUGGUAGAAUUUUCAGAUGCAGUAGAGAUCAUGUAUUUAUAGGACGCUUUUUACUCGCCGCCGCUUGUUUCCGCCCGGAUUGUAUUUACAGAAACACUGAUUGCCAGCUGAUUCGAACUGUGUAGACGUGUACUAGCCCAUCAUCCAUCGCUUGUAAUCUUUAGGUAAUUGUCAAGGUUUGGAAAUCUAGGCAUUUUACAUUUGAACAACGGAGUAGUGUGCCUUAUUCCUUAUAGAAACAUGACCUCAGUCGAAGAACUGAAGCUGCGAGUGAGGGAGCUGGAGAAUGAGUUGAUCAAGUGUAAGCAAAAGCGAUGUACGGCGAUGUGUGCCGAGGAACCUGCCGACAACAACCAACCUCAUCACAGACCAAGGAUCGACAAAAUGAGUGCAGAAGUAGUGGAUUCAAACCCUUACAGGUAUGGUAGCUGUCAAAAUCUAACUGCCGCGAAUUGAGUCAUUCGUGAUCGUGAAUGCAUAAGAAGAGACACCCCAGAAAUAAGGACCACAUACCGGCAUAUGGUGUAAACUGCUUACCUCAACAUGUUCUUACCUUGCAGUCGUCUGAUGGCUUUGAAGCGAAUGGGCAUUGUUGAAGAUUACGAGGUAAGAUACAAUUGUAUGUAAUAUUGUUAUCUGAUACACAUCUAUGGUUGCACAAUUUCCCCAAAGUUUCGAGGUUUUCUAGAAAUCCCUGUUGGGGGAUUCCUGAAUUUACGUUAUUUUAAAUCCUACAUAGAUCUAAUAUGACAAUAAAAUGGCAUUCAUUUCUAUUCUACUGUUAAACAGAAAAUCCGGACGUUCACUGUAGCUGUGGUGGGUGUUGGAGGAGUUGGAAGUGUGACUGCAGAAAUGCUCACAAGAUGUGGCAUUGGUAAGGUAAUACAAAGUUAACAUUACUACAUCAACAUAUCUUUAUAUCAUUUGUUUCAACCUUAUGUUUCCGAUGGACAAUGUCCAUCAAUUCAACAUACAUUGCAUCAUUCUGCCUUGUUGUGUCUUCUCUUUGUACAGCUCAUCCUGUUUGACUAUGACAAAGUGGAGCUGGCCAAUAUGAACAGGCUGUUCUUCCAGCCUCACCAGGCUGGCCUCAGCAAAGUAGAGGCAGCUGAACAUACACUCAGGUACAGUGACCUGAGGGGCCACGUUCAGUAGGCAAACGUGGAACGUUGCAGAUAAAAAUGUCAUGAAUAGACCCGACAUGAUUCCCCAUUCUACAUGUCAGAGAUGUUGGUCCUAUGUAGGGCUGUUGUGAUGACCGUGUUACCGCCACACCGGCGGUCACGAGUCACGAAGGCAGCCAAAUUCCACUUGAGCGUUUAGUCACUGUAAUUAGGCUUCUCCAAGCUCUGAUGCUGCUGCUGGUCAUUAGUAGCCUACCAAACUUGCUAACUGUCUGGUACUCAGCACUCUAUUGUCCCUCUAAUCACUCUUGACAUCAAUGCAAAUCCAUUCUAAAUCAAAAGAAAUGUCACACAUUAUUUAGUAUAUAUAAAGACAAGAUUAAAUCAAGAAUAGUCUGAUGGGUGACAAUAUUAGCCUAUCACUUGUGAAUUAUAUAUUAUCACUUGUGAAUGAUGCCCAGCAUAAGAAACAAUUCCUUUUUUUGUGUGACUUUUUAGAAUCAUAGUCACACACCUCAUGUAGCCUAGCCCAUAGGCCUAUAUGUUUUGAUAAGGUUUGUAUCACAACUAAAGUGGCCAAAUAACUUAAAAUUAAGCUCAUUAAUCUGCUUUACAAGGGGUGUAGAUCCUAACUGGCAUACAUAAGCAGCGCCUGAGUUUCAAGUUUGGGGAAGAUAAUUUUCACCAUAAAAAUGCACCUUUAUAAUAAAAGCAUUGCAUGCAUAAUUGCAUUUGCGGUCACUUUUGAUAAUGGUGUUUUCCCACUAAUGGAACAUUUGUGCUUAUAGCCUACUGCCAUGUGCACAUUGCUGCGAUUAUAAUGUGAAGAAAUAGCCUAAUAGUUUAUCAACAUUUUAAGCUAAACGUUCUGAUCUGUUGCGUCAGCCACAUUGCAUAAAAAUGUUUUUUUGAUGAUAGUGGUUUUAUUAAUUUGGGAUCUAUCGCAUCCCACAACUGUCCCAGACUAUGUUUGGAAUAUUUAUUUCUCGCACAGAAUAGAAUGGGUCGACUUUUGUACUACGUGGGAUAGUAGAUUGACAUUGGCUAGUGCUUUUGCUGUUCGUUAGGCUACUCAUCUUGUUGGCCGGCGAAAAGUAAAUGUGGACAGUUCUUCCAAUACCUUCAAUAUGCACCUCAGAAAUUGGAUAAGGACGUGCGCAGUUGCAUCCCCAAUGUGUCUGUCUUCACUUGUAGCCUGUGAGAAAGACCUGAUCACGUGAUAGAGGGCCAUGUGAUUCGGAGCGCUCAGCACUUAGGGAGAAAGGAACAACGUCCACUGGCCGCAAAAGGCAUGGAUUUUGUUAGGGUGCAUUACGGCCACACAAAGGGGAUGCCGCCGUGAAAUUUGAGGCAUUAUCAAGUGCUUGUCAAAUUGUGAAUGCGUGACUGAUGAAGUGUGUACAGCCUGCGCAAAAAACAAAGCAGAGCUCCUGCCUUUCAAGCAACUUUUUUCAAAUCAUCAUUAGUCGCAUCAUGCAGCCUUACAAUGUAUUAAAAAUCAAAACAUAUAGCCCAGCCUUUGUAUCACAACUAAAGUUACAUAAAUAACUCUAAAUUAAGCAUAUAGGAAUAUCUGUUUCUUUAACCAUCCACACAGAAUAGCCGUAUGUGCGCACUCCCUCAAAUCGUUUGAAGAAAAUAUCCUUUCCAUUUUAAUCAGAUUUGUUCAAUUGUAUUCUUCAUACUAUAAAAUAAUGCCAUGGAAUGCUGAGCAAAUCUUGUCUGCUAAAUGAACUAGUGUAGCACACAGCCAUUUGGCAUAGCCAGAUCAGGACCUAACAUAAGGACAACUCAGAGUAUGCUAUUCUGUUCUUCUGAAAUAGACUACAUUUUCUUCAUAUAAUGUUUCUUUAGACCUGUCUAAAAUAAAUCAUGGAUUUAUUAUGAACGUGUAGGCUAUAUUACGUGGAUUUAUUCGACUUUUUAAAAUGUAGAUGUUCCAAAGGUCUGCAUCAGUGGCUUGUAGGCUACGCGUGGAAGCCAGGAGAUGCUAAACGUGUUUAUGUUAAGAGACCAGCAGUUAUUUGCUUGACAAUCACCGACUGACAACAUUUCAUGACUGCCACAGCCCUACUCUCGACCAGUGGAGUUUCAUCCACACAAGUUUUCCUUUGUUAACAAUAAUACGUGAGAACAAUCUGAAGUCAGAAAUUCACUCACAAUGAACCCAAACAGAGAUUCUGGUAUGAUUUGGCGAAGUCCAUGUCCAGGCAGAGUAAACACAAUUAGAGUCAGUCUGAAUGAGGAACAGCAGCAGUCCUGAUGGGGUUGUCUGUCUGGGCACAUCCUCACACACUAUGAUCUGUAAAAACACACAACCCCCCCCCCGACACACACAGGAACGCACGCACAAACUGUGUGGAAUUUAACAGUUCUACGUCAUAUAUUUCUAUCUGAACAUUCCACAACAUUGUGUCCUGCUAAACCACUGGUCUGUCAUAUUAUGUCAUGUCACUAUAAGGUGCUUACAUAUGUUUUAAUUCUGUCAACAGGAAUAUUAACCCAGAUGUGCAGUUUGAGACCCACAACUACAACAUCACCACCAUGGAAAAUUUUGCACAUUUCAUGGAUCGCAUAAGGUGAGAACUUGUCGUCGCCUAUCUCAUAAGUGACGUAUAAUACUGCUUGUGUGGUCAUUUCUACAGAGCAUUUUCAGUAUUGAAUUGCUCCACUGCUGUUCCAUACAGCAUGACAGUGUUGCCUCUCCAUUCUCUGACUUUCAAGUUGAUUCGAAAACGUCAUUGCAUUACAGUAUGACAUUGGAUGCGUUACUUUCCAUGAUGAGGACAACUCUGAAGUGAAAACACAUCACAACAAUAAUCUAGAAAAGGGGGAUUCUUUUGGUUAAACUUUCAUGAUCUAUCAUAACACAAAUAACUUCUGAAAUGUCCACAUGUUCGCUACAUGGUCAUUCUGUUUAUAAGUACUCUGUGUUGUCUCAGUUAUGGGUCGCUUCAAGAAGGAAAGGCCGUAGACCUGAUACUGAGUUGUGUAGACAACUUUGAGGCCCGGAUGGCCAUCAACACAGUCAGUACUAAUAUAUAUCCCUCAUUCCCUGACAAUAAAACAUACAUUAUUGUGUUGGUGAAGAUCAGAUUAUGUAUGUUGGUCAUCUUCUUGCUGCCUAGGCGUGUAACGAGCUGGGUCAGAUCUGGAUGGAGUCAGGUGUGAGUGAGAACGCUGUGUCUGGACACAUCCAGCUCAUCAUCCCGGGGGAGACGGCCUGCUUCGCAGUACGUCACAACACACACUUAGGAUGUGUCCCAAAUGCCACCCUAUUCCCUAUUUUGUCCAGGGCUAAAAAAUCAUUUUGACCAGGGCCAAUAUUGCUCUGGUUAAAAGUAGUGCACUAUAUAGGAAAUAGGGUACCAUUUGCAAUAUAAUUUUUUCAACUUAAAGACAUGUUCUGGUACUUUGGUGACUUGAGUGACAGCUAGCAAGUAUCACACACUGCAGAGCGAAAGAGAGAGUGCAAUGACGUGGUACACAUAUCUGCACAUAUGUGAUAUAGUACUCCAUUUUCGUGGGCACUACUUUCAGAACUACUGAAAGUAUACAAAAGUACCGGAGUGUCCCUUUAAUAUAAAUGGAUGGCUGUUAACUCAUUCCUAACACAAGCUUUGAUUGUCCCUGUGACAGUGUGCUCCUCCCCUGGUGGUGGCGGCCAACAUUGAUGAGAAGACCCUGAAGAGGGAGGGGGUGUGUGCUGCCAGCCUACCCACCACCAUGGGUGUGGUGGCAGGGAUCCUGGUCCAAAACGUCCUCAAGUAAGAUCUGGAUUACAUUAGUUUGUAAAUGAGACCUGGGUCAUAUUCAUUAGGCACCACACGGAAGAAAACAGACUGAAACAGAGGCACUAUCUGAACUUGUCCAAUAAGCAACACUGUUUUCUGUUGAGAAGCAUUUUGCUACGGUGUGCCCUAAUGACUACGACCCUGAUCAUAGCCCAUCACAAAUACCCAUAACAGGGUUUCCUAUGAAGAUAUCCUAACAGUGGUUCAUGGUCCUCAGGUACCUGUUGAAGUUUGGCACAGUCAGCCAUUACCUGGGCUACAACGCCAUGCAGGACUUCUUCCCCACUAUGGCCAUGAAGGCCAACCCCACAUGCGAUGACCGCCACUGCAGGAAACAGCAGGAUGACUAUAAGGUGACUGACCAAGGAGACCCUUUCCUCCUUUUUCUUUCUCUGUCGCUCUACUUCACCCAUCAUGACCUGGGGUGUGUACAUGACCGGGUACAGUUGUAAUUCAGUGGUGUGUGUGUGUGUGCUUUGUGGCCCACAGAAAAAAGAGGCAGAGCGACCCAAAAAGGUUGUAGAGGAGGUGGUGGAGGAGGAAGUGGUUCACGAGGAGAACGACUGGGGUGAGUUAACUAGAGCGUUGAUAUUGCCUCAAUGUAUUGUCCAUAGUAAGUGAUGCUGUCUAGGUACCAUUACUGACCUAUGUUGCUCUGUCAGGUAUUGAGCUGGUGUCGGAGCAGACGGAAGAGGAACUUCAUGCGGCCUCAGGCCCCGUCCCUGACCUCCCAGAAGGCAUCACUGUGGCCUACACCAUCCCUGAGAAGGUCAGUACCAUACAGUCCUCAUAAGAAUACGACUAUGUUCUUUUUUUUAAAAUUACCGCAACAAUGCAUCGCCCCUUGAGGAUCUCGAACCCAGGUCUCCCAGCCACUAUGCAGACCUCCUAACCACUGCUUCAAUAAGGGGGGAAGGGGGUCAUAACGCCUAUCACAGGAGGCUGGUGGCACCUUAAUUGGGGAGAACGGGAUCGUAGUAAUGGUUGGAGUGGAAUAAGUGGAAUUGUAUCAAAUACAUCAAACGCAUGGUUUCCAUGUGUUUGAUGCCAUUCCAUUUACUCCGUUCCAGACAUUAUUAUGAGCCGUUCUCCCAUCAGCAGGCUCCUGUGAUGCCUACAUAGGCAAAGUUUGUUCCGGUAAAUAAGGUACUCUGUAUGGUACAGACAAGCCAAGUCACCAGUCUCUAUUUCUGGGCCGGUGAAAGUAACCGGUACACCUCAAGGAGGCAUCUCAAUCAAGUUUUGACUAAUAAUGACUUCUGUCCUCUUUUCCAGGAGACCGGGGCAUCAGGAGGGGAGACGGUGGAGGAAACCGAACAGAGUCUAGAAGAGCUGAUGGCCCAGAUGAGAAAGAUGUAACCGGGACCAGGAAGACACCUCUACUAUCAGACAACCAUCAUCAUCGUCAUGCAUCGCUUAUCUCAGCAACAUC